AUGGCUGUAGUCACUUCGAUCUAUACAAAGGAGACAUCUCAGGCGAAGGAAAUUCUAGAGGAAUACAAUAAUCCAAUGAAACAAGAGGGAAUGAAGUUUUCCUGGACUGGUAAUCGACGAGCAAAACACGAUAGCAUAUCGUCUGUCGACAGCAAUUCUUCAUCGGAUUCGCCCUUCCCGGACUCUCCGAACAAUACAGCUUCGAGGAUGAAUACGGCUAAAAAGACUUGUGGCAGAAAGCGAGGAAGGCGGCCCUCCAAAAUCGAUCUAGAAGCUAAACUUGAACGAAGCAGGCAAUCGGCGCGAGAGUGUCGAGCUCGAAAGAAGCUUCGAUAUAAAUAUUUGGAGGAUAUGAUUGCGGAUAAGGAAAGUUACGUUUACAAACUUCGAGAAGAACUUGAAAUGGUAAGAAAUACACAGAGUGAUCCACUUGAAAAAAUUUGCCAACCUUCGUUGGGAAAUAUGAUAAUUUAAUCUCAAUAUACAGCGAACACGAUACCUCAAUAUUAAGCUGAUGUAGUUCAUCACAGUAUGCCGUAUAGACCGUAUACGUUAAUUUUUUUUACGUUUUUAAGGCCAAUACAGAGUUAAAUUUUCUGUGACAACACGAAGUUGUUGACUUCUGGGUGAUCUGUUUAUGUUAACAUCUCAGACAAAACAAAAGUGAUCACUCAAAUGAAGGCAUCUUUGGAAUUUUAACGCUUCCUUCCGUCACCAAUUUGCUAUAAAUACAUCAGGUAUCUUCUAUCUCUUUUUUAUCUUAAGUGUUUGUUUUACUGUGUAACGUGUAAAUAACACAAUCAGGCCCACUCAAAGAAAAAAAUGUCAUUAAACUUAAUGUUUUGUUGAACCUGUGUCUUAGGACUUGGAGAUAUAAAAUAGAACAUAUAAAUAGCAAAUUUAUAAAUACAGACGUGAUCUACUGGUAUCAAAUCACAAUGGUUGGUUGGACCACAAUGGUUGGAGGCAAGUUCUUUCACCACUGAGCCAUCCCAUAACAAUACAACUCCAAGGGGUCUUACAUAAUAGCUCCUUGGUCACAUGCCAUAAAUUGCCUAUUAAGCCGCACCCCUAGAAGAAAAGGUAUCUUUUAUGCAGGGAUGAGGGGGUUUAAUGGAAAUGGGGACUUUAAAUGUACAUUUUAUUUUUCUCUGCCAGUAUCGCCGUUGGUGCAAGGCUGUUGAUAAAGGAAUGUACCCAACAGACCUCCAGGAGUUCAUCAAGGAGCAUGUUGGCAAUAUCGACUAGCACUGAAUUAUGAAGAGAUUGGUGUUUAGGAGAUUACCCGUAGCCAGUAUGCUAUUAUGGCUAUACUGGGUUCAGCUAUCUUUCCAUGGCAUUCCAUUGCUCUGGCAUAUGCUCCCUUACCUCAGCCAGUUCAGAGACCUUCAAAUUCCUUCAACAGCUGUGAAAAAAACAUGAAUUGUGGUGGAUCAAUUCUUUCCCUGAAGUUCAAGAACCUUAAAAUCAGCUCUUGAUCUGAGUGCAUUUUUUUUUGCACUCAAAGUUGUCUUGAGAGGAUCCUUCAAAAUGGCAGCAGCAAAUCUAAAUAGCUUGAAGAUAAACUAAGAGAAAACAACUACAAUCACCAUAAACACAGCUGCUACACAUCUUGAUAAUUGUUAAAUACAGUAUUGUUAAAUUUCAGUUGAAGUGACAGACACAUGACUAUUCUAUUCUUCACCUGGCAGUGCCUUCAUUUAUUAUUGCCAUGGUCUAGAUUCAUGAGACUUGAUAGCAUUUACAUUUUAAAAAAUCAAAUGACUUGGAAUCAAACAUGUGCAAUUGAGGUUUAGCAGUAAUUGAAGUAUAAGUACUCAACAAAGUUUACAGCAUCUAGAAAACUUCAAUGCAAUAAUACAGCCUUUGUCAUGUAAGCUUAAACAGGCAACUCAGCCUUAAAAAUUAAAAUGUUUUGUUUGCGGUCCUUCUGUGAAUUGUAAAUUUUACUAAAAUAUACAUGGUUUUAUCCCAUCAGGUAAAUAAAUCCUAUCUGCUACAGAAAUAUCAUGUAGCUUACAACAUGAGCAUUAUUUUUACUCUUCAAUGUUUAUCAUUGAUAUGAUUGUCCUAAGUUUACAAAUUAUGUACCCUAGCAUGGACCAUAAGAAGUUAGUAGAGUAGAGUUGUGACAAAGAUCAACAAUUUGAUUAAUUCAAUCUUUUCUCUAACUGGUUUUAAUUAAUGUUUUAUUUUUUAAAUAUUUUGUGAAUAAUUCAUUUUAUUUUAGUUUUAAUAUUGGAAAUUCUAAUACUGGAAUAAUUUUUUUAUUAUUGUUGCAACGCUUUUUGAUGUGAAUAUUUUAACCCUUUCAUUUCCAUGAGGGCAAAAACUCACAAUUUAAGAAAACUGACCAAAUUUUAUUUUGAAAAAUACCAGGUAGCUGAAAAGCAUAGCGUAAGUCAACUGUCAAGUGGUUCCAUAUAAACGGUUACACCACAGGAUUUCAAAACUAUGUUCCAUGUCUUUCGAUUAUUGUUACAGUGUAGUAACUGGGUUAGUUGGAAUACUUUUGUAUAACUACUUAGUAAAACUUAAAAUAAUGAAACCUUGUUUUUUCAAUGAAAGUUGCACAUAAUAAUGCUACCAAUUUCAUUGAUUUUAUUUGUAAAGACUAGUAGUGCAAGACAACCCAAUAAUUUUGUUGUUUCCUAAAAUUGAUUAUGAAAAGGUGCGCUGUUGUAUAGCUUAACACCUGUUAAUAGAGUUUUGUUACUUCCACUUAUUAAGAUGGUUUUUCUUAAAGGAGUUUACCACGCUUAUCACCUUUUGAACAACAGUUACUUUAAUGCUUCAUCAGUCUCUAUAAAAAUACUUGUGUAACAUUAACAGUUUAGUACAGAGAGUCACAGAAUCUCAUGUAAAAAAUAAUUUGGUUGCAUUAAACUUUAAUAAAGUCCAAAUAACUUUGUACCAAAAAUUCCCUCAUUUCCUUUCUCAUUUGUCAUAAAAUAUUAAGAUGGAAUCCACCAGGAAAUUGAGUAAUUUUUAUUAUAUUUUUCAGAAGACAAAAGCCUUCUACCAGAAUAAUUUAAACAAUAUUGCAUUCUUUUUUAUACUUUUCAAAGGC